AUUACCCUGCUCAAAGGUUGUUUCCUGCUCCACAAGCAUACAGUCAUUGGCUCCAGUCUGCAAAGUGAACUCCAAGGUCUACAGCUUUUAUUUCUCGCACACAAAUACUGGGUCCAGGAUGAGUAAGAAGCUGUUGGUGGAUGUGGACUGUGGUGUAGACGAUGCUCAAGCCCUCAUGCUGGCUCUGGCUGCCCCUAAUGUGAAGAUCUUGGGCAUCACCUGCGUGCAUGGCAACACUAUAGUAGAGAAUGUGUGUAAGAACACACUGCGUGUUCUUCAGGUCUGCAAUAAACUGGAGAUUCCAGUGUUUAUAGGUGCUUCUAAGCCUAUCCUUGGGAAGUGCAUCAGUGCAGGACUAUUCCAUGGUCAGGAUGGCCUGGGAGACGCUCCUGAUCCCUGUGCUCCUGGUUUGAACCUGGCACAGAAGGAGCACGCUGUGUCAGCCAUAAUCAGGAUUGUUAAUGAAAACCCAGGAGAGGUAUCUCUGGUUGCCACGGCACCCCUUACUAACUUGGCUCUGGCGGUGAAGAUGGAUCCAUCUCUGCCGAGCAAACUCAAAGGGCUCUACAUCAUGGGAGGCAACACCGAGUCUCGAGGAAACACUACUGCGUGUGGGGAGUUUAAUUUUACUGCAGAUCCAGAAGCUGCAUACAUUGUGCUGAAUGACUACCAGUGUCCCACAUACUUGGCCUGCUGGGAGUUCACCUGCUACAGCAAGCUGCCUUGGGACUUCUGUAAGGUCUGGUUGGCGCAGGACAGUGAUAAAGCUCGCUUCAUGGAAAAGAUCUUCCGCUACAGCAUUGAAGCAGCAAAAACUGAGCGCUUGGAGAAAGAAUGUGUUGGUGGCACAGGUUUUAUUUCCUGUGACUCAUACGCAAUAGCAGCUGCUAUAGAUGAUUCAUUCAUCCUUGAAAGUGACUGUUACCCAGUUAGUGUUGAGCUAACAGGAAUGCACACCAGAGGAAUGAUGAUAGUGGACACUCUGGAGUUUCUAGGGAAGACACACAAGGCUUUUAUCAUGAAGAAGGUGAACAUGGAGAAGUUCAAGCAGAUGAUGAUGGCUGCUUUGAAAUAACAGUGUUUGCAGUGUGUUAUUUCUCUGAGCUAUUUGUAUUUUGUGAUCUGACUUCAAACUUACGUCAUCUGUAUCUUGACUAAAUAAUAAACAUAUUAAUA